AUGAGUAGCUUAUUCCUUACCUUGAAUCUUCAAAAAAUACAGCAUUUUUUCAUGACCAAGAACACAUCUUUCAUUGGCGAAGAAGCAAAAUCCAGAAUCCAGAUCACAAAGUUUCUUGCUUUUGGACAACCAGAAAAAGAAGAUGUGUCGCUGAUGUUGAAGGAGAAUUCCAUGCAUGAAAGGCAAAAAAAGAUUCAAAAGGUAAAGGAAAAGAUACUGAAAUUCGAACUUGGAAAUGCUUAUAACAAUCCACAUAUUGGACUCAAAAGCAGAGGGUUGAAUACCAGAAGGUACUUUUUAAAUGUAAUCUUCAACAUUCUCAACAAGGUCUACAAUUACUUCCCAUAUCCAUAUUUUGUUUCGGUUAUACAUCUGGUAGUUGGAGUGGCUUACUGUCUGGUUUCUUGGGGUGUUGGCCUACCAAAAAGAGCUCCAAUUGAUAAGGAGCUCUUGGUUCUGUUGACUCCUGUUGCUUUCUGCCAUGCCCUUGGACAUGUCAUGUCCGAUGUAUCAUUUGCAGCUGUUGCAGUGUCCUUCACUCACACUAUCAAAGCCCUGGAGCCAUUCUUCUAUGCUGCCGCUUCUCAGUUUGUUUUGGGCCAUCAGAUUCCACUUUCCCUUUGGCUUUCAUUAGCUCCUGUUGUUAUUGGUGUUUCAAUGGCUUCACUCACUGAACUUUCUUUCAAUUGGACUGGUUUUAUCAGUGCAAUGAUUUCAAACAUUGCAUUUACUUACAGAAGCAUAUACUCAAAGAAAGCAAUGACAGGCAUGGAUAGCACAAAUGUUUAUGCAUAUAUUUCCAUCAUUGCCCUCUUGUUCUGUCUACCACCUGCAAUUUUUAUUGAGGGUCCUCAGCUGAUGCAAUAUGGAUUCAGAGAUGCUAUUGCCAAAGUUGGCUUAACCAAAUUCUUGUCCGACUUAUUUUGGAUUGGAAUGUUUUAUCACCUCUACAAUCAGCUGGCUACUAAUACCUUGGAAAGGGUUGCACCACUUGCACAUGCAGUCGGAAAUGUAUUGAAGCGAGUUUUUGUUAUCGGCUUCUCUAUUGUCGUUUUCGGCAAUAAGAUCUCCACUCAAACUGGGAUUGGAACUGCGAUAGCAAUCGCUGGAGUGGCCAUCUAUUCCCUGAUAAAAGCAAACAUGGAAGAACAAAAGAGAAAGGCAACAUCCAAAGGAAUUUAAUGGUGAAGAUGGAGGGAUUAUGAAAUGGGAAAG